AUGCUUGAUAUCGUGAAUUAUUUCAAUGAACGAACAGGGCCUGCACAACAGCCCAAAAUCGGCUUUAAUACUGAUGAAAUGAAUUGUGUUCCACAUUUUGAUCCUGGUCUUUUUUCAUUGAGUAUUCUAUCUACAUGUAAUGGUCUUCAAUUGAAAGAUCUCAGGCAAGAUCAAUGGGUCGAUGGACCAAAUAAUUGUGAAGAUGGACAGCGUUCUAUUGGUGUGAUUUGGUUAGGUGAAGCAGCGAGUAUUAUGACUGGAAAUCGAUUUAAGUCUGGUAUUCAUCGCGUUGUCUACCCUCGCAUACCGCAUCAAGCACGACUCACUAUCUGGCAAGAAGUAUGUACCAAGACUCAGAUAGAUACAUUAUUGAAGCCCAACGAUGAUUUUGUGCUUAUAUCUGAUAAAGAUGCUAUUCGCAUCAAUAAUCUGUCAAAUUCUGUAUCACUCCAAGUUCAAUAUGGUGAACAAGCUUUAAAUAGUUUUAUGAAUCAUGUUGGAGACGAACAUGAUCCAUCGAAAACUAAAUUGAAUAGUGAUCAAGUUACAAUGCGAGAUACAAGUGAUAAUGAUCAAUAUACAGAGAAGGGCAGUGAUCGCAAACUAUUACCGGGUGGAGCAUUCGUUACGAUGACCAAUCAACCAAACUCUGAACCACUCCAAGUAGAAUCGAAUGGUGAAACAUUGAACCAUUUUAUGAAACGAAUUGAGAAUGAACGUGGUCUUUCAAUGAGCAAAUCUGGUGUUGAACAUGUUCAAAUCAAGUUUCCAAUGAGAGUGCGCAAAACACCAGAUCAAUCAAACAACAAGUUUUCGUUUUUCUCUAAGCUCUUCAAAUGGUGA